AUGGAUUUCUCAGAAUAUACCGGCCCCAGCGAGGAGUGGAUCGCGCUCGAAAAGACCCUCCCCACGACGAUACCCGACCUCACCACCGAGCAGCUCAAGGAUGUCACGAACAAAGGCCGCGAGGAGGUUGCGGCGAGGGAGAUGGUUGAGCAGGGCCUCGACAAAAAAGUAACCCUCCACGACCUCCGCAUCCCCAGCCGCGACGGCUUCACCCUCGAAGCCCGCACCUACCGCCCCAUCAACGUCGAUGCAUCAAAGCCCCUCCCCGUCUACAUCCACCUCCACGGCGGCGGCUUCCUCUUCGGCACCCUCUCCUCAGAAGACUCAUCCUGCUCCCGGAUCGUCGCAACCCUCGCAGACCACGGAACCCCAAUCGUCGUAAUAAACGUCAACUACCGACACACGCCCGAACACAAGUACCCAGUCGCCUGGAACGACACGGAAGAUGCUUUCCACUGGAUCCAUGAGAACUUGCAUCUGCCGGAGAUCACGGGUGACCCCGAGAGGGUCAUUCUGGGUGGCAUUUCCGCGGGCGCGUGGUUGACGGCCUCGACGGUCCUUGCGCAGAAUAUGGGCCACAACAAAGCUCUGGCAGCCAGACCCAAGAUCAAGGGGCAAGUACUCAUGAUCCCCGCCCUGGUUCACUACGACUGCUACGCGUUGCAGAUCGCGCAGCUGCGCGACCCCAGUGUCUCGAGUUGGGUUGAGAAUCUCGAGGCGCCGGUCCUGCCGUUUGCGCGGGUGAAGCUGUUUUUGGAGCUUCUUGGUUUGCAGGGCGGGAGUAAGGAUCUAGAGAAGGACCUCAGGCUCAAUCCUGGGAAUGCGAGUGCGCAGCAGGUGAAAGGGUUGCCGCCUGCGACGUUUGGGGUUGCGGGGAGGGAUCCGCUACGUGAUGAGGGGUUGUUGUUUGCGAAGCUGCUGAGUGAGAAUGGGGUUCCGACCAAGACGAAUGUCUUCAAGGGUGUUCCGCACGGGUUUCGGCGGUAUGGGGACGCGUUGUCUGUGUCCAAGAAAUGGGAUGAGACUGUUGUUGAUGGGAUUCUGUUCGCGCUGGGUAACCCUCAACCUGGUCCAUUUGAGAUCCACGCAUUCUAG